CAGACGCCGCCCCCCCCCCCCCGAACGCCUGACCCUUACGCGGCGGUCCUUCCCUCCCGACCUGGAAUCCCCCUUUCCCUCCCCGGCCCCUGCCUCUCCCACAGCCGGGAGAUCCCUGGGUUCCCCUGGUAUCCCAGACCCACCCCGAGGGGAGGGGACCCUUUAUCCCCGUCAGCCUCCCGCACACAGCCUCCCGCUGCCCCCUCCUCUCGCCCUUCUCCCCGCCAGCCCAGCCCCUCCGGGCACCAAGAUCCCCUCUCCCACCUCAUCCCUCUGACAGCGGCGGGCCCAGGGGGAUGCAGGUGCAUGUUUCACUCCGGGAACCCUGCCCUUCCCUCCCAUGUGGCCCCACGGACCAGGAAGCCCCUCUCCACACACCCCUAAGGACUGCAGAGUUGCAGUCCCUGCUUUCCACCUCAGCUGCUACUUAGGACUUAGUGGCUUUCUUGCCACUGCCCUUCAAAUCCGUGAGUCCAUGACUCCCCGUUCCUGCGGGCAUUCAACAGCCUCUCUGGAGAGAAAAUCCGAGAAAGAAUACAUGACAACAUCAGCAGAGGUGUUCUCUGACUGAGUCUCGCCCUGAACUGGAGAGGUCAUAUCCUUUCUAGACCUCAAAAUACUUAACUCACAAGUGUUUAACUGAAGCCAUGGCAACAGGGGAUCCAGCUGUGCUCCAAGUCCCACCUCAGGAUGGGAAGCAAAGAAGCAAGCCCCUGGAGAAGGGCCCGGCAACUCCAGAGAAGGCAACAAUCACAUUAGAUGCCAUGAAGAUGUCAGAUCCACGUCGGUUAAAACCUGAUAGCAUUGAGACAGAAAGAAUCAUAACUGUUUUGGAUGAGACAAUGGCCAAGCUGGAGCUGAGCAGUUUGAUCCCACAUAUUAUCGACUCUCUGGACAGGUUUGCUGAUGUGCUGGGACCUGAGAUCACAAACAGCCUGAUCGAGCACCAAAAGCUUUCAAAUGAAAUGGAGCACCUACUUGCCAGCUCAGAAGAAGAGGACACCAUGAGAGCUGAGGAACAACGGGGCUGUCUCUGCUUGCUAGAGCAACGUCUGAAAUGUUCUGUUAGAAAUGUCCUGAGGCUCUUGAGGGCCAACCCUUCGCUUUGCCAGGCUCUGAAGUACGAAGCCUGGGUAAGAGAGUCACCAGCUGAAGCAUUUAUCAAAGCCUUUGGGGAGUUCAGGAACUUCAUGCUUGAGAGACUCCUGACUAGUCCUGUGGAAGAGGAAGGAAAGAUUCAGCUCAUGGAAGCCAUCUCCCUCCAGAUUAAGAAAAACACUGAAGCAAUCACAACUUUACAGGCAGAACUGGCAGCAGCAAUCCGGACUCAAGAGGAGGAGAUUCACAAGAAGGAUAAUGUAAUCAAAGACCUCAAAAACACCAUGCAAGAUCUGACCAAAGACUUCAAGGCUGGCAUCCAGCAGAUCAAGCAGGAAGGAGAAAAACAGCAGAAAGAGAAGCUGCAAGCCUCGCAGGCCAGGUGUGCCAGGCUACAGCAGGAUGUUCAGCAGCUAGGAGUACAACUCAGUGCACUUGUACUGGAGCAUCGAGCAUCAGAGCUGGCUCUCAGAAAGAGGAAGUGCAGAGUGGAGAUGGAAAUUGUGAACUGGAUCCAGAAAUAUGAUGCGGACAUGGGAGAAAAACAGGCUGAGUGUGAAGAGGUUCAUGCUGCCUAUGCUGAGGAGAAGGCCCAGCUGUCCCUGCUGAUGGAGAAACACGCCGUGCUUCUCCAGGAGUAUUCCCAGAUUGAGGAGGAGCGCAGGAUAUGUCAGAAUAAAGAGGAGCAGGCUUUGAAGGAAUUGAACACUAUGACCCUUGCUGCCACCCGCAUCCAGGCUUUCUGGAGAGGCUACUUGGUCCGGUGCUUCUUCAAGUCAAAAAGGAAGAAGAAGAGCAAGAGCAAGAAGACCAAGAAAUAAAGCACAAAAUCUAUUCUCUCUCCUCCUGGCAAAGAUGCUGACUCUGCUGGGACUGAGCUCUUCCAGAUAAAGGCAUUAGAUUUGAGAGAGCAUCUGCACUAAGGCAAAUGCCCCAGGACUGGGGCUACCUCUCAUAGUUGGAGCGUAUCGAAGCAGUGGCGUGAAGACAUGUCUCAUCAUUUUAGGUUUGCCUUUGCUACCUCUGCAAGGAGGAGGUUGUCUUUGGCUGAAGGAACUGGGCCAGGAGUGCAGGUUCCUGCCUUGUCUCUCUGGUUUGAGUCUCCUUGCUUGUGGGUCAGGGCCCCAUUAUUUUCUUACUGAAGGUGGCAAUAAAAUAAUUCCUGGGGGCAGGGUAAGGCCCUCCAUCUGACAGGGAUUCUCCUUGUGUGGAUUUGAGAGGCCGUGCCCCUUUCUACAGGAGGAAGCUGCAGCACCAUUGCUUAUCAGUGAUAGAAGGGACACAAGA